UCUGUCUGUCAUGGGAGCCCCCACGUCCUCUGAAAUAGUUCAGCUCUGUCUGCGUGACUUGUCCUGGGACUGAGGAAAAUUUACCAGGUACAAGAGGAGUAAAGAAUGAUCCCUCCUCCACAUGGUGCCUGCUGAGACUUCUUCAUCUGGCCUUUUGGAAGAGCAAAAAAUGAUGAAGUCCCAGGGGUUAGUAUCAUUCAAGGAUGUGGCUGUGGAUUUCACUCAGGAGGAGUGGCAGCAACUUGACCCUUCUCAGAGGACCCUGUACAGGGAUGUGAUGCUGGAGAACUACAGCCACCUGGUCUCAAUGGGGUAUCCAGUUUCCAAACCAGAUGUCAUCUCCAAGUUGGAACAAGGAGAAGAGCCAUGGAUCAUAAAGGGAGACAUAUCAAAUUGGAUCUAUCCAGAUGAAUAUCAGGCAGAUGGGAGACAAGGGAAGAAGAGUAACCUUCACAACUCCCAGUCAUGUAUUUUGGGGACAGUUUCCUUCCAUCAUAAGAUACUGAAAGGAGUCACAAGGGAUGGUUCAUUGUGCUCCAUUUUAAAAGUCUGUCAAGGUGAUGGUCAGCUGCAGAGAUUUCUAGAGAAUCAAGACAAACUCUUCAGGCAGGUCACAUUUGUUAACAGCAAAACAGUGACUGAGGCAUCAGGGCAUAAAUAUAAUCCAUUGGGGAAAAUAUUUCAAGAGUGCGUAGAAACAGAUAUAUCAAUACAGAGAUUCCAUAAAUAUGAUGCUUUUAAAAAGAACUUAAAACCAAAUAUUGACCUACCGAGUUGUUAUAAGAGCAAUUCAAGAAAAAAACCUGAUCAGAAUUUUGGAGGUGGAAAAUCAUCUAGCCAGAGUGAGCCCAAUUCUAAUCUUGAGAAGAUUCACAAUGGAGUAAUACCUUUUGAUGAUAAUCAGUGUGGAAACGUUUUUAGAAAUACACAAUCCCUUAUUCAAUAUCAGAAUGUGGAAACUAAAGAGAAAAGCUGUGUAUGUGUUACAUGUGGAAAAGCCUUUGCUAAGAAGUCACAACUCAUUGUACAUCAAAGAAUUCAUACUGGAAAGAAACCAUAUGAUUGUGGUGCAUGCGGAAAAGCCUUCAGUGAGAAGUUUCAUCUUGUUGUACAUCAGAGAACUCAUACUGGGGAGAAACCUUAUGAUUGUUCUGAAUGUGGAAAAGCCUUCUCUCAGAAAUCAUCCCUUAUUAUACAUCAGAGAGUUCACACUGGGGAAAAACCCUAUGAAUGUAGUGAAUGCGGGAAAGCCUUCUCCCAGAAAUCACCCCUCAUUAUACAUCAGAGAAUACAUACUGGGGAAAAACCCUAUGAAUGUAGAGAGUGUGGGAAGGCCUUUUCCCAGAAGUCACAGCUGAUUAUACACCACAGAGCUCAUACUGGAGAGAAGCCGUAUGAGUGUACCGAAUGUGGGAAAGCCUUCUGUGAGAAGUCCCACCUCAUUAUACAUAAAAGAAUUCACACUGGUGAGAAACCCUACAAAUGUGCUCAAUGUGAGGAAGCCUUCAGCAGGAAGACAGAACUCAUUACACAUCAGUUAGUUCAUACUGGGGAAAAACCUUAUGAAUGUACUGAAUGUGGAAAGACAUUCUCCCGCAAGUCACAGCUCAUCAUACAUCAGAGAACACAUACUGGAGAAAAACCCUAUAAAUGUAGUGAAUGUGGCAAAGCCUUCUGCCAGAAGUCACAUCUCAUUGGACAUCAGAGAAUUCACACAGGAGAAAAACCUUAUAUAUGUACUGAAUGUGGGAAAGCCUUCUCUCAGAAGUCCCACCUUCCAGGACACCAGCGAAUUCAUACAGGAGAGAAACCUUACAUAUGUGCUGAAUGUGGAAAGGCCUUUUCUCAGAAGUCAGACCUUGUUUUACAUCAGAGGAUUCAUACUGGGGAAAGACCCUAUCAAUGUGCUAUAUGUGGGAAGGCCUUCAUCCAGAAGUCACAACUAACUGUACACCAGAGAAUUCACACAGUGGUAGAAUCAUAAUGAACUGGCCACAGAAAAGCCUUAGUAUUAGCUCAAGCCUUAAUAAUUACUAGAAACCCAAUUAAUUUGAUAAGCUUGGGGACAACAUCCCAAUAGAUAAAAAUUUUUAAGGGAAUUUGUUUCUAGUUUGGUGAUGCCUAACUUUUCCAGCAAAGAUGAUGGAAAAUAGUUAUAUAAAUGAAGAACAUUUUUAAUAUGGCAUGUAAAGCUUUUAAAGUUAUGAACUCAGUGAUCAGCACAGCAAGUUAAGCAUACAGAAUAUUGUCAAGUUGCAUAUUCCUUAUACUACAAAAUGAUAAUCAGCCAUUGUGAAACUGCUAAUAUUAGCUUGUCAUAAUUAUGGCCAUAAAGUAAUUUUUCUAUAAAAGACAUGGAAGAAAGCUUAAGUAAACAACAAAAUAAAACCUAUACACUAUUUUAAGAAGGGGCUUGAGCAUGACCCCUAAAGCUACAUGUAAAGUUCUUGUACAAAAAAUGGAAUGAUAGGUUGAUCAGAUUCAGUAAAGUUGAUCUGUAUGCAUUUUCCCAUCUCAAGCAUUUAAGUUGACCUGCAUCUCUGGAAGGACCUUGAGAUUGAUGCAUUUUGAGCAGGUCUCCCUUUUACUCUUCCUGACUGGGAACUUGGAGCUGAAAAACAUUGGCACUGAGGCCAGAUGGUCUUGGGUUUAAUCCUGGCUCAGUGCCUCACAGAUUGUGUGACUUUAGGCAAACAUACUUCUCCUAGCUGAGUAUUUUUUAUCAGUAAGUACAAAUACAAUGCAGAGCUCAUUUUCAGUUAAUAUUAGUACUUUUUAAAUCUUUACUCUCUAUCUUGAAGCAUUAGAUGUUAAGACUAAUGUGUAAAAACCACGUCUGAGCUUGCUUUUCCCUCUGGACACUCUGCUUUUGAUUGCCUAUCCCUAUAAGUGGCUCAUUUUACUGUCUUCUGAUCCUGGUGGCCUUAUUUUUGCUAUGUUAAGGUUGUGUUUUUUAAUACUUGGAUUUAUUUUCAUAUACUUACAUAAACCGUGGUGAUUGCACAUAAA